UGUGCAGGUUAUUUAUGUAUUGUGACUUUGUUAUUUAACUAUCCUAAAUAAUAAAACCUAGGGUUCGAUACGGUGCAUGAUCUCAGUGGCCCUUUAAACCCCAACAAGAACUGGAAAAAAGAGUAAACCGCACACUUCUGACUAAGUAACCUACAUCUAUACUGAAGAGGAAGAUUAUAAUAUUGCAAAGCAUCCCUUAGAGUGAAGUUAAAUAAUGCCAGAAAAAAUACCUAAAUUGUCACUCCAUGAUUGGGUUGCCCUACACAGCUCUCUCCUGGAGGAGGAGAGGAAGGCAGAAGUUGCAGCAGCUCAAACUCAGAUUGAAGGUGUGCCAUUGAAGAAUCUCGAGGCACGAGGAAUAGUCUUGAGAAACUUGGUAAUCACUGAGCGGUCCACUGGAUUGUAUGGGCGGCCUUUGUUCACUCUUGUUCCAGCUCGGAAGGAUGCCACACUACCAGCUAAUAAUUUUUCAUCAGGUGAUAUUGUGGGUGUAUGCGAGUCUAGGUCAGAACAUACCAGUCAAAUAACAACAGGAGUAGUGACAUAUGUUUCUCAAUCAUCCAUCCGCUUUGUCGUUGAUGACGGUGCGGAUGAAUUGGAUACCAUUGGCGAUGACAUCAAGCUGCACUUACACAAGCUUUGUAAUGAUGUAACAUAUAAAAGGAUAAAAUCUGGGCUGGUUGAUCUUGAUAAACAAAUAAAUGGUCCUGCUUCACACCUAGUUUCUGUCUUGUUUGGGGAGACGUUGCCUAGGUCUCCAGUGCCCUCCUUACCACCACAACUAACUUUACCAAAUGGCAAAUUGGCUCUCUUUAAUAAAAACCUGGAUAAUUCUCAAGUGGAGGCAGUGCAGUUUGCCAUUCAGAGAAGUGAUAUAGCUGUGAUUCAUGGCCCACCAGGGACAGGCAAGACAACAACUUUGGUUGAAAUUAUUAAACAACAUGUGAAACUGAAAUCCAAGAUUCUAGCCUGUGCCCCAUCCAACCUUGCUGUAGACAACUUGGUAGAACGGUUAGCCACUUCUGGUAUACGUUUAGUGCGAUUAGGUCAUCCAGCACGGGUUACGCAACUUACGCAAAGACAUACACUCGAUGCCAUUUUGCAUAAUAGUGAAGAAUCCAAAAUUUUGGAAGAUAUUCGCCGAGAUAUAAGUAGCCACCUAGGGCAGCUAAAAGGUGCAAGAGAUAAAGGCAAAAGGCAAUAUCUUCAAAAAGAAAUAAAACUAUUUAGGAAGGAGCUUCGUGAAAGAGAGAGCCGACUGGUGCAGCAAGUGUUGCUAAGUUGUGAUGUUAUCCUGGCCACCCUGACUAGCAGCAGUAAUGGUGGUCCACUCAAGCACCUCCCUCCACAACAUUUGGAUCUGGUCAUUAUUGAUGAAUGUUCACAGGCAAUAGAGGCUGCAUGUUACCUAUCACUCCUGCGUGCGCCAAAGCUCAUCAUUGCAGGUGACCAUUGUCAACUUCCUCCAACCAUUGUAUCAGCGGAGGCUGCAGCAAAGGGGCUUGAGCACUCACUUAUGGAGAGAGUUAUAGAUCAAUGUGGAGAAGGUAUUGUAAGAAUGCUAACAGUUCAGUACCGUAUGAACACCCAAAUAAUGGAAUGGGCAUCAUCAGCUAUGUAUCAGAACCGUCUAGUUGCAAGCCCUUCUGUUGCCAGUCACAUUCUCCAAGACCUGAAGGGUGUCCAUGUAAAUGAAGAUACAGAAAAUGUGUUGGUGCUGAUUGACACUGCUGGCUGCGAGUGUUGGGAACUGGACACCUCAGAUGACCAGAGUAAGGGAAAUGUUAGUGAAGCCAUCAUAGUCACUUGCCAAGUGAAAUCUCUUGUAUCCUCAGGUGUACCUGAGAAUGAUAUUGCUGUCAUCACCCCAUAUAACUUACAGGUGGAAUUGGUACGUAGUCUUCUCCGAGAUACUCACCCGGCUAUUGAAGUGCGGUCAGUAGAUGGCUUCCAGGGCCGUGAGAAAGAAGCAGUUGUCAUUUCUCUUGUUCGUUCAAACAAACAAGGAACAGUGGGGUUUCUAAGUGAAGAUCGGCGGCUAAAUGUAGCAGUGACUCGAGCCAGACGACACUUGACUGUUGUGUGUGAUUCAGAUACUGUUAACAAGCAUGAUUUCCUUAAGGGCUUAGUGGAUUAUAUUUCGCAGCAUGGUCAAGUUAGAACUGCACUUGAAUUUCAACACGAAUUGGAGACAACUGAAGUGAAUACACCAGAGUGCAUUGUAUGGAAUGAAAAACCCCAAAAGAAAGAGAAGCUUAAGCAACUUGAUCCCAAACCUAAGAGAGAUAAAAUCAAAGAAUGUGCAAAACGUGAACUGCCAAGUGAGGAAGAGAAUAUUAAACGGAGAAAAGAAUAUGAAGCUCUUAUUAAUACUUUUCUUAAAUCUUCUGACCACAUUUACAAAUUUCCUCCCACUGUAAACUCUUUUGAAAGGCGAUUGAUUCACGAAAUCUGUGAAAAUCUUCACCUGCACCAUGAAAGCCAGGGUGAGGGCAAAGAGCGACACAUUGUUAUAUGGAAAAGCAAUGAGAUGCCAGAAAGCAAUCAACAAAAUGAUACAGUCAAGAACAAGGCAGAAACUAGUAAUCAAAAGAAGGAAUAUAAGGAUAUCAUCAAUGGCUUUCUCAAGUCUUCCAAAGAAAAUUUUGAAUUUUCAUGUGAUUUAAAUUCUUUUGAGAGGAAUUUGAUUCAUGAAAUAUGUGAUGAGUAUGACCUCCAUCAUGAGAGCCAGGGUGAGGGUAAGAAGCGGCAUAUUAUUGUUCAUAAGAAAAAUGGAACAGUAAAACAACGUGCCAAUAAAGAAGAGUGUAAAGAAAUGCCCACAGAGAUUAAAGAAAAGGAUAAAACACAACUCUUAGUACUUCAGGCUGAAGAACCAUGCCAAGACAGCAGUGCUAAGAAUGGUGCUAUACCAAAAUGUAAAUUACCAGAAAGCAGCUGUACAAAGGUUCGUACAAGAUAUGUUGGAGGGAAGUAUGAAGAGGUAGUCGUUCCAGUGGAAAAAGUUCGUACACGAUAUAUUGGAGGAAAGUAUGAAGAAGUAGCUGUUCCAGUGGAUGAUAAAAGUAGUUCUAGUGGCUGUAAGACAACAAGAGAACAUGAAGUGAGGAAUGUGAGUGAUACCUUGACCAGACAUUGCUGUAGCUGUGGCAAGGACAUUAUUAAACAAAACUAUCUCAUUCAUAGUGCACAGUGUGGGAAGAAAAUGAAAGGAGAGACAGUUCAGAAGGCUAAACAAAAGAUCACACAAAAGAAUAAUUCCAAAAAAGGAAGCAACCUUAAAAGUUAUGAUGAGGCAGAGGAUUUUGACAGCUUGAUUGAACAGUUUACAAAGGAAAACAACACUUGUUCCAUGCCACAAUGUAAAUCCCCCACAACUGUGAUAUUCCAGCUGUGUUCUUUUUGCCGCAAUACCUUUUGUCUGGCGCAUCACAUGGCUGAAGUACAUGGGUGUGGUGACCAGGCUCGCCAGCAUGCUAGAAUGAUGAUAACUAAAGAGGGAGUCUUGUAUCCUGGCAGUGGUAUACCAUCCAAGAAACCUGGUGAAGCUCAACGAAAGCAAAUGCAUAGAAAGUUAGAGAAGAAAAUGGAAGAGUUCUCCAAACAAAGACAGGCUAAAAAGCCUUCAAAAAAUGCAAAAAAAGAAUGAAAAUGACAUCUCUAUUCAAAAUAUUUAUAUUAAUUUAUUAUAUUGUUACAUUUAGUCACAAGGAUGAUGGGGUAUUUUUUUUCAUUUAGAAGUGCUACAGUCAUUGGUGGGUCAUACAGCAUCUGGUAAAUAAAAGUUAAUCAUGUUUGGUGAGAAGGGGAUGGAAACAUAGCUCAAAUUCUUUUGAAUCAAGACACUCCUCCCAUUUAAGAGAACUGCAGAGCUGGGUUGUGUUUUGAGUGACUGAUAAGUAUUGUUAAGGCUUUUGAUAUUCUAUUUUUUACUAACUUUGGGAUAGAAUGCAUUGGUCCCAAAAGUUUUUUUUUUUUUUUUUUCCAACAAGUCGGCCGUCUCCCACCGAGGCAGGGUGACCCAAAAAAAAGAAAGAAAAUCCCCAAAAAGAAAAUACUUUCAUCAUCAUUCAACACUUUCACCACACUCGCACAUUAUCACUGUUUUUGCAGAGGUGCUCAGAAUACAACAGUUUAGAAGCAUACACAACAUAUCCCUCCAAACUGCCAAUAUCCCAAACCCCUCCUUUAAAGUGCAGGCAUUGUACUUCCCAUUUCCAGGACUCAAGUUGUUUUUAUUACUUUAUAUUACAUGUAUUUUUUGCAAAACAACCAUGGGGGGAGUAGAGUGAUAGUUCUAGGCUUUUUGUGUUGCAAUCAACGUAUCAGGAGCUUGCAGUGUUGCAGAAAAGAGGAGAUCCAAGCAAACACUGAUCGUAUUUGCUUGGACCUCUUUUCUGCAACAUUGCAAGCUCCUGAUGUGUUGAUUGCAACAUGAAAGGCCUAGAGGUAUCAUUCUACUUCCCCUGUAGUUAUUUUGCAUCUCGUAUCGCUUGUUAGCGAUUUUUGCAUAAUGUAUUUUUUUUAUUGAAUACUUAUAAAAUAUAGGAAGUUUUCAUCACUGACAAGAAAUAGUGUUGUGAAUGAAUAUAAUUUAAAUCCUUUGCAUCAAAUGUAUAUGAAAAAAGUUAACUGUCACAUUUACUUUGUUUUCAUUUUCUAUUAAUGUAUGACUAAUAGAUGAACAGUUUUCAUGUACAGUAAUUGGUUUUCUGUCGAUUUUCAGCAAUAUGCAUAAAUUUACCCAAAUGAAUUUUAAUACUGCUGUAUAGUUUGAUAUUCUUUAGGAUAAAAGUUUCUCAUCAUAUCAAGUAUAUAUUUUGUUAUUCUUGUAUGUUGAUUCUAGAUCAUGAAGUACUUAAAAUGACACCCUAUCAGUCUGUAAAUAUCAAUAAUGUAGCACAGUCCUAUUGAGCACGAGACCAAAUCACGUCAUUAGAGAGCUGGUUGCGAGAGUAGUUUUGCUUGUUCACCGCAUCCAAGUGUAGCCAACUGAUAAACUAUUUAACUAUUCACCAUAAAUAUCAAUAAUGUACCACAGCCCUAUUGAGAACAAGACCAAAUCAAGUCAUUAGAGAGCUGGCUGUGUGACUAGUUUUGCUUGUUCACUGCAUCAUGGUGUAGCCAACUGAUAAGCUAUUCACUUCUGAAGUUAGCAAGCUGUUGUCUACUUAUACAAUGCCUCAUUUUGCACAUAGAUCACAGCAGCUUAUGACAUUUUAUUGAGAAAGUUUUGUCCACCUGGGACUUAUCAGUUCUCAGAGGCAAGUAAUGUGUGUAUGUAUAUAUGAGAAGGCAUGAUGUUAGAUGAAUAGCUAGGUGGAUGAUAUCUAUUUUUUUUUCCAAAAUCAAGAAUGAACUUGAUUACUAUGUAAUAAUCUUAGUAAUGACAGAUUUCAAGUACAACCUAUUAUGCCUUUGAUAACUAUUUUGGCAUCGGUUAAGUUCAUCAGAUGAUUUUCAGGGUUGGGGUGAAUAGUAUUGUUCACAUAAUCCUUGUGGCAGAUGUUUGUCUCUUUGGUGAUUGUGUUCAGGUCUCUGGAGGUUUCACCCACAUAAAACUUGUCACAACCUCCACCUAAUAUCAUUUAGUUGCUGGCACUCUAGUUGUGAUAAGUUUUACUUUGGUGAAACCUCCAAGGACCUGAACACAAGGAUCAAUGCACACAAAAAUGCUUGCCAGAGGAAUGGCAUGAAUGCUUGUAUUUUCCACUACAAGACAAAACCAUUUGCUGAAGUUCCUCAAAACCAGACUAGUUAUUGAUAAAUUAGACACAUGUGCAACUCUUGGGUAUCUUUAUUGAGGAAACGUUUUGCCAAACAGUGGCUUCAUCAGUCAAUGACUGAUGAAGCCACUGUGUGGCGAAACGUUUCCUCAAUAAAGAUACCCAAGAGUUGCAUACGUGUCUAAUUUAUCAACAUGUCGGUUCUCUGAACCAUUCAUCUGCAGACUAGUUAUUAAAAGUGCAGACAGGCAUAAGAAGUUGUGCUUGGACUUUGCACUGAUAAUUGUCACUUCUAAGACCAUCAGAUAGAAAUCAGGACCAUUCUUAAUUUCAGAAACAGUUACCAAACUUUUUCUCACCAGACAUGAUGCUGUUGUUAGAUAUAUAACCAUAUGGAGGAGCAUUGCACUAGGCCUACUCCCCCAUUUAAUUUUAAAGCAUUUCAUGGUUCCACUUCUCUGAGUUACAUUACAACAAGUGAUGUUACCCACUUUGCUCUACCUCUCACUUCACAUCUCCACUAUGUAUAUACAGUGGACCCCCGCUUAACGAUCACCUCCCAAUGCGACCAAUUAUGUAAGUGUAUUUAUGUAAGUGCGUUUGUACGUGUAUGUUUGGGGGUCUGAAAUGGACUAAUAUACUUGACAAUAUUCCUUAUGGGAACAGAUUCAGUCAGUACUGGCACCUGAAUAUACUUCUGGAAUGAAAAAAAUAUCGUUAACCGGGGGUCCACUGUAUAUGUUCUUUUGCUUCUCUCUUCAAGAACUGAUUAAAGUCCCUGGUGGGCAAAACAUUUUCUCAGUAAAAUGCCAAAAAUUGCAUGCGUCUUAGUAGUAACCUAAUGAAGUACAGUACAAGUAUUCAUCAGUAUGGACAUUAAUAACAAAAGUUAACAGCUCAUUAGCUUCUGUCAAAAUUUGUAAUCUAAGCAUUCAUGAAUACUUGUUUAGUAAUGCUAUGUAAAUAGGACACACUAUAAGGUUCAUGGCAUUUGAGGAAAUGUUUCAUCCAUCAGUGACUUCAUCAGUUCUCCAAGAGUAAACAACAUAUUACAGAGAAGAUGUAAGGAAAUGUAGAGCUGGGCAAGUGAUGUCAAUCACAUUACAAAAAGUAACAAGUGGCAAUAAGAGCAGAUUCCAAGCAAGGCCUAUUAUGCUUAUCUACUUCUUUGAUAACUCGUUUGGUAUCGAAGUUCAUCAGAUGUUUUCCCUAUUGUGAUUAAUAGUAAAAGCAUAUAUGUGUUCAGUUAUCCUCAUAUUUAGGUGCCUGAAGAUUUCACCCACAUGAAAUUUAUCACAACCAUCACAUGGUAUAAUGUAGAUGCCAACACUGGUGGUUGUGAUAUGUCUUACAUAGGUGAAACCUCCAAGGAACUGAACACGAGGAUCAAUGAACAGAGAAUGCCUGCCAGAGGGAUGACAUGAAUGAUGCUUUUACUAUUUGCUUCAACACAAAAACCAUCUGAUGAACCUCCCCAAUGCCAAACUAGUUAUCAAAGAAGCAGACAGGCAUAAUAGGCUGUGCUUGGAAUCUGCAAUGAAUGUCACUACUAAUGCUAUCAAAGACAAGGCAUAUGAUGAUAUUGACUGAAUCUACAGAACUUGUGUAUAAGAUUUAAACACUUCUUAUGCUAACUUUAUAUAUAACACAGAAUUCUAAAUACUACUGACUUCACUUACCUUAACAUAAUUAAGCAGACAGUAACUUCACUGUUAAUUAAAAAGCUUACCUUUCAUUUUUUCUAAUGUUGUUUGUGUGUAUAUUAUAUAUACUGUGUACUGUAAUUUGCCUAAUAUAAACUCAAAAUCUCAAA